AUAAGUCAAAGUGGAAUAAAAAAUGUAGCAUCUUUUGCCUUGAUCAAUUUAUUUAUAACGAAUUCCUUUGUACAUGACUUGGAAGAGUGUAAGGAGUAUUACAGAAAUGAAGUUAAACAGUAUUUAUUGUUUAUUCAGAAGAUAGCAUAGUAGAAAUGACCCCAAAGAGGAAGACUACAAGCUCAGAAUCAACUUCAACAACUAGUUCUGGUUCUUCAUCGAGUAGUUCUUCAAGUUCAGGCAGUGAAUCCAGCUCAUCUGAUUCAGAAAAUUCUAGUAGCUCUGCAAACAGUCAAAAAGCAUCUGAUACAGAUAAAACAAAGAAGAAGACACCUUUCUCAGCUAAUCGACAUGGCAAAUCUAAAGCUGACACAGUUUCUACACCUAUUACAGAAAAUAAAAACAAGGAAAGAAUACCACCAAAGAGUAGACCUGUGGUAUAUUCUUCAGAAUCUGAAGGGUCACCAAGCAAAGUAAAGUCUACAAAAAGAAAACCACCAGCUAAACCAAAAGCCACUGCCACAGUAGCACCUGUUAUUAAACAACAAAGGCUCCCAAUUAAAUCCAUAGCUAGUGCCGGUCAGCAAAAGAACGUACCUAAUACCAAACCAAUUGGUAACAAGCCAAACAAACCUUCAGUCUCCAACAGUACUAAUGGUAAAGGUCUUGAUAAGUCUGCAAAAACAACAUCAGAACCUGUACAAAAGAAAUUGAAGAAGAAAAGUAUAUUUAGUCCUGAAAAUAGUAGUGAAAGUGACAGUGGUGUUCCAACUAAAACUAGUACAGUAAAACCACCAAAUAGUUCAGCAAAAUAUGCAAAAAAUCAACCGCCUAAGCCUAAGCCAAAUGAUGUAAAACAAAAACCUCCUGCUCCAAGCAGAGCUAGUUUGAUCACAAAAACGGCUCAGGCACGUAAAUCAGAAAGCUCUGCAAGUUCAAAAAGUUGCUCUGGAGGAUCAGGUUCUUCUGCCUCUACAGAUAGUAGUACAGAUUCUGAAUCAUCAGAAAGUGUUGCUAGCCCACAGCCUGCAACAAAGAAGAAAGAAACUCAACCAAGUACUGCAAUAAAUGUUGCCUCAAGUAUUCCACCGAAACGGCCUUCCGCAACAGUUGCACCUGUUAAACCACAAAAAUGUACAAAACGACAAAGUAAUUUUAUCGGUACGGUCAAAAGCGAAGAUGAAGCUGAUGCAUCCGCCAGUGAGAAGGAAAUGGACGAACAUGGAGAAACAAGCGCAUUGAAAACGUCGACUAAAGGCAAGAGGAAAUUGCAAACACGAAAGGGGAGUAAAUUAAUUCAGCUUCAGGCAAAGGCAGCCAGUGAUUCAGAAUCUGAUACAGUAUGGUUCUCAGGUACGGAAACGGUAGCGUGUAAACGUAUCCUGCAAAUUCCGCUGAUCCGGUGUGAUUUAUCGAGAGUAGCUGAAAGCAAGAGGAGUACGAGCAAAUCACCCGUUAAACGUGCUGGGCCUAGCACUGCUGCCAGACACUCGUCCGGGCCCAACAGACUGCCACAAAACAGUGGUGUUUCGAAUACUACUGGUGGAAGAUCUGGACCAGGAAAUUAUGGUCGUACGCGUGUGACCAAGGAAAGAGAAUGCCCUUUAGCACCAGCUUGCGACUCGAGAGGUCAUCUCUCUGGAAAACUUGAUUCACAUUUCACGUUGGAGGCUUGUCCUUUGUAUCAUAAUACCACACCACAGGCUUGCGUAGAGUUUUAUAAAGAAAGAAAGAAACGUGAAGAGGAAAGAAAGAAGGCUGUAUCAUGUUUAGCGAAAAAGUCUCCAAAGGGAAUGCAUCAAACGACAGAGCAGAGAAAUUAUCAACUGAAAGUGAGGGAAAUGAGAAGCAAGUGGAAAGGAAGCGCUGGCGAUGGAAAUGAAAGCGAUAGUAGUAGUGAACUUCAAGGAAACGAGAAGGAUCGUCAACCACGUUUAUCAAAUCUAACUCCGGAGUACGAUUUGAAGUUAUUUAUGGAAGCACAAGCGAUUGCUAGUGAAAAAAUUGAAAAGGAGCUGAAGGAGUUGGAUUACGAUGGCGAAGGUAGAAACAGUGGCGGAACACGUGUCAUCGAAAUGGGAAAAUGGGAAAUGGAAGUGUGGUACCAAAGUCCGUACCCUGAAGAGUUCAGUCGUGCUCCAAAACUUUACCUAUGCGAAUACUGUUUGCGAUACGCGAAAAGUCGGCAAGUUUUAAGGAGACAUCGAGAGAAAUGUUUAUGGAGACAUCCGCCUGGACACGAAGUGUACAGGAAAGACAAGAUAGGCGUAUGGGAAGUGGAUGGGAAACGUUAUAAGCAAUACUGUCAGAAUCUAUGCUUGUUAGCAAAAUUCUUCUUGGACCACAAAACGUUGUACUACGACGUCGAGCCCUUUCUUUUUUACGUGAUGACAAUCGGCGACUCUGAAGGAUGCCACACCGUUGGUUACUUCAGCAAGGAAAAGAACUCUUUCCUCAAUUACAACGUAUCCUGCAUUCUUACCUUGCCACCUUAUCAACGACAAGGAUACGGUCGACUGCUCAUCGAUUUCAGUUACUUAUUGACCAGGGUCGAGAAAAAGAUUGGCUCGCCCGAGAAACCUUUAUCGGAUCUGGGCUUGAUCUCGUAUCGCAGCUACUGGAAGGACGUUUUGCUGCAGUACCUCUGCAAUUUCGGGGGCAAGGAACUCUCCGUUAAAGAUAUCAGCAAGGAGAUGGCGAUCGACUCGUACGACAUCGUCAGUACCUUGCAGGCCCUCGGUAUGAUGAAGUACUGGAAGGGCAAGCAUAUCAUUCUGAAGAAACAGGACGUGAUCGACGACUACAAGGAGAGGGUGAAGAGGCGAGGACCCGUCUACAAAGAGAUCGAUCCGGAGUGUCUGAAAUGGAACCCCUUCCAGCCUCCCAAGACGCCCUCCGCCUCGAACUAAGGUUUGCAGCAGCAGCAGCAGCAGCAGCAGCCCAGAAUGACGCCGACGCCAGCCAUUCCCCUCCUUCGUCGACCGAGGGCGGUGGUCGAUCUCUUUCUCUUCUUAAGUCGUCGCCUUCGUUCUUUUUUUUUUUUUUUCUCUCUUUUCCUACUCCCCCGUGAUGCUCUUCUUUCUUGCUCGACCGUCGCCUCUCGCGACACUCAUCGAAGCCAUAAGCUACGUCGCGCAGAUUUCGCAUAUACCCCUAACGAUCAAUCGAUAAAACCCGUAAAGAUCCUUUGAGGAAUUCUUCAGCGCCCUCUGCUACCUCCACCUCAUGCAACGAGGUCAACGAGCAAAGCUUAACUAGUCCCCCCUCGAGACGUCCCUCGAUGUACCAGAAACAGAAACAAUGAUUCGUACUCGAGUAAUUAACUUCCAUUUGCAAUCGAGCUUCCUGACCUGGUGAACGUACAAGACCAUUCAAUGGUAACACAGUCGUCACCCUCGCGAGAUUCCCAACCCAGCGUGAGUCGUCAACCUAUUUUCUAAAUUUUAUGAAAAUUUUCUAUACUCGACGUUUAAAACCCGUACUGUUUAACACGCUAGUCAACGCGUAGCAAAGGCGGUCGUCAGUGGGUUAAGAACAAGCGGAAACGCCCAUCACCGGUAACCCUAUCUGUGCUCGACUUCCGUACCCGAUAUGUCAAUGAUAUUAUUUUUUUUAAUUCAUCAAAUAUUUAUAAGGUCCGACUCUUAGGGUCUCGUUGAUUUACGUAUAUCGCGGAAUGAUCAGGAGGUACUACUAUGUUAUCGAUCGCUAUAUGGUCCGUUGCAAAAUAAAAUUUGAACCGUGGAAAUAUCAGAGAGGCACGACGUGUCUUCGGUCGAGCCGUUAGGUAAAGUGAAAAUAACUCGAAAGUUAUCGAGUCAAGGUUGAACAGGAUCAAUUUAAAUGCUCACGUUCUUAUGACGCGACGACGCGACACGUCGCAAUCGUGAGGACUGUAAAAAGAGUUUUAACUGCGGCGAACAUACCGUUCGCGACGUCUACGAUUAGGACACAUUCGUUGCGGACAACGCGGAUCCACCUCGGUUGUGAUCUUUCUGCGACACGGAUCCACGUCACACUUAAUUAAUAUUAAUAACAUCGUCAUUAUUAAUAUUUAUAUCAUUGUUAAUAUUAUUCUUAGUUUUAAUUCAGCCGUCCACAACGAACGUGUUAACGCGGACAUAACCUAUAACGCGCAUCGAGUUUACGAUGUAAGGGAAUAUUGUUAAAGGAUAGGAUGUCUUGAAUAUUACAUACAUAUUGAUGAAACAAUUUUCUUUUAUUUUUAAUUCAGUUUUGUUUUCUUUGAACAGUGUUUCAUACAAGUAAAGUGAAUCGAGGCGAAGGGAACAGGCGACCUCUUACAGUUACCACCGUAAUAGUGCAAUUAUAUAAUAACUAAUAUCCAUAAAAAAUCAAUUUUAUUUGAGUACGAAUGACGUAGAGGUUUCCUGUUCCGUUCAUUUUUUUUUUGUCUGGAUUACAUUCGUUUCGAAGUUUUUUAAUUAAAAAACAGUGCGCAUUUAUCAUAAAAAAACAACUUUUAUUUCAACGUCGGCCCACGUUAUCGAUGAUUUUCUUCUUUCGUUGAACUGCGAGUAAUAAAUCUGUAAUUGAGACGUUUCAUAAUCGUGUAUGUUCAACAAAUGUACAGUACUAUUUAUAAAUAAUACAAUUUUUAUCCAUAA